AUGCCUCCUAAACCCGCUGAGAAGAAGCCCCCGAGCACUGCUGGCAAGGCCCCUGCCUCUGCUGGCAAGGCCCCCACUGAGGGCGCCAAGAAGACCUCCAAGGCCCCCACCAAGACGGGCGACAGGAAGAGGUCGGGCAAGGUCCGCAAGGAAACCUAUUCGACCUACAUCUACCGUGUUCUUAAGCAGGUGCACCCCGACACUGGUAUCUCGAACAAGGCGAUGGCCAUCCUCAACUCGUUUGUUCAGGACAUUUUCGAGCGUGUCGCUACGGAGGCCUCGAAGCUCGCUAGCUACAACAAGAAGAGCACCAUCUCUUCGCGUGAGAUUCAGACUGCUGUCCGCCUUAUUCUCCCUGGUGAGCUGUCCAAGCACGCCAUUGCUGAGGCCACUCGCUCGGUGACCAAGUUCUCUUCUGCAUAA